AUAUACAGAAGAAAAUAAUUACAAACAAAAAAAGGAAGAAGAGAACGGAAAACAAGUUAGCUUGAAAGAUGACGUGUAAAUACUCGAUUCUGUUGCUAGUGGGUUAUCUCAUCUAUGUACAGGGCGAUGCCUUCUUUACGAGACAAAUAAAUAACGUACAUCAACCCAUAUUAGGACUAAGAUCCUCUUUUGAUCAACCAGCGCCAGCUUCACCAGCCUCAGUUUCGGCUGGAAGACAGAAUCGACGCCCUCAACAACAGCCAGUGGCGCCAGUAGCAAGACAGGAUCUAGUGCCGAGAGCAGCAGCAGCAGCGCCUUCAGUUCCAGCAGCAGCAGCAAAAGGAGCUAAUGAUCUGCAGCGUCCAAUUGGAGGAUGGGAUCAGCAAUGGAAUAAUAAUAAUGUCCAAACGAAUCAACAAUAUGGUCCCACAGCUAACGACUCUCCGCGUGUUCAGGGUGUAGAUGAAUCCGGUUCUGGAAGUGGACUUUCUCAGCCCCCUGUAUCUACCAGUCCGACAAGACCGCCAGCACAGAAAAACUACAUGGAGCAAUUCAGUUCUAAACUCUUCCAGCAGAUUGCGACUAGAGCUCAACAAAAGAACAUUGUGUAUUCGCCAGCAAUGGUUCAUUCCCAAUUGGCCAUGCUCUAUAUUGUUUCUCAUGGCCAGACAUUCGAGGAGCUGCAACAGGCGGGCAUCUUUAGCGUUGACACUACGAAGGUGUCCCAAGAUUUUCUUUCAUUGCUCAGUCUGCAGCAAUUGCAAAAUGCUGAGAUAAUUGUGGCCAGCAAAGUAUUAUACAAUCCAGCAUUAGGUCAACCGAAUGAAAGAUUUCCAAAAUAUGCCCUGACCUACUUUAAUACCGAAAUUGAAACCUUCAAUCCUCAGGAUCCCAGAAAUACAGCUAAUGCUAUAAAUGGCUGGGUGCGGGACCGUACAAAGAACACCAUCAAACAAUUGAUCACCCAGAGUGAAAUAGAUGAUCAGACCCAGGCUAUAUUAUUGAAUGCCAUCUACUUCAAGGCACGCUGGGCCAACGAGUUCUCCACUCGAGACACCAUGCCGGCCAAGUUCCGUAUGGGUAAUGGAGCUGCCAUUAACGUGGCCAUGAUGUACAAUGACGAUGUUUUCGAUUACGCCGAAUUGCCCGACCUGCAUGCCACUGCCUUAGAGAUGCCCUAUGCCGGCACUCAGAUAUCCAUGUUGAUCAUUUUACCCAAUCAGGUGAAUGGCUUGACGCAAUUGGAACGCCAAUUGGCCCGCCCAGAGUACGAUUUGAAUGCCAUAGCAGCUCGGUUGCGUAGGGAGACAGUUACCGUGAGGAUACCCAGAUUCCGUAUAGAGUUCGAGCAGGAUAUGACUGAGCCAUUGCAGCGAUUAGGUGUCAAAGAGAUGUUUACCAGCCGUUCACAAGUGGAUGCCAUGCUGGACAAACCUGCGAUGGUGUCGAAAAUUCAACAAAAAGCCUUCAUCGAUGUGAACGAGGCUGGUUCCGAGGCUUCUGCUUCUUCAUAUGCCAAGUUUGUGCCUCUUUCCCUGCCCGUCAAAUCGCAUGAGUUCACUGCCGAUCAUCCAUUCAUUUUUGCCAUUCGCUCACCCAAUGCAGUGCUCUUCAUUGGACAUGUGGUGCAGCCCACACAGGUGGCAUAAAGUGUGUCUAUUAUAUAUAUCCACAUUGACUCUCAUUCGUAGCCCUAAGUUAUGAUUAAAAUAAAAUAAACUUAAUACUCAGA